AUGGCCCGCAAGCAGGUCCCGAUCCCCCAAUACCCCUGCUCCCACAACGACGACGCUCUCCACUGUCCCACAUGCACGCAAGCCCGUGCCAUGAGAGCGCGUGAGAUCCACCGCGACAACGUCCCGGCGCAGCGCACCGGGCCGGUCCAGCGCGUCCAGGCCGGGCACGAGGCGCAGGGCUUCCCGGCCGCCACCCUCGCCGAGUAUCUCACCUACUUGAGCGAGUUCGACAAAAGCACCCGCGGCGAGCCCCACGACGCCGACGUUCUCGCAAGGGGCACAGCGCAGCAUCGGUACUGGCUGCGUGCCAACUUCGCCCUAUCCCACCUGUCCCCCCUCGGCCUCUCGUGGAAGAAGGGCAGCCUGGCCGUCGUCCCCAUCGAGCAGUGGGGUGAAUAUCUCCGUCGCGCCCAUAUCUGCGACAACCCCCUCGACCCCCACUCGCCGGCCACGGGCGCCCAUCGCGGCAGAGACGCCAUGCAGACCGCUCUCCGCCAAAUGGGCGUCCACGCCAUGGCGAAGGGCAUCCUCCUCGCGUUCGGGGAUACAUGUCCCCACUGCCAUGUGACAAAGAAGCCUGUUCCCCGGCGCGCAGGCGACUCCAGCGCCUGUGACAAUCGCGUCUCCAAGCCCAGACCACGGGCACGGCGCACCACUGCUCCUGCCACCUUCGCCGCGGUGGCACAACUCGCCGAGGAGGCUCAGCUCGUCACCCCGGCUGCUGUCCCUGAUCCCAUCAUAGAGGAAUUCAAGGGCUACACCCAAGCGGACUGGGAUAAACUCUUCAAGCCGGACAACUUUAUCCAGCCGCUGGACUACCCAGUUCAGCCGCAGGGCUGCCCCGUCCCUGCCCAGUCGCAGGCCGGCUGGGGAGACUAUCCGGGUCCGGGGCAACCCUUCCUCGACCCCGCCCCUCCCCCCGGCGUGUCCCCCGACAUCGACAGCGUAUCCUACGCCAUCUGGGGACCUGCCAAUAAUCCUAUCAAGGAGCCCAGUCCCGGUCUUGACCCCGGCCUCAUCCCUUGCGAGGGCUACGAGAACGCCCCGAAUGACGGGUUGUUCUUCCAGAACUUGUACAACACGCUCACUAACGAGUUAAGAGCUAACCCAUAA